CUGCCCGCGCUCUCCCCUACCAUGACCGAGGGCAGCAUUGUGGCCUGGAAGGCUCAAGAAGGUGACGAAAUUAUGACGGGCGAUGUUCUAUUCGAGAUUGAGACAGACAAGGCCACCAUGGCCGUUGAAUCGAUUGAAGACGGCGUGCUUCGCAAAAUUAUUAUUGGCGACGGUACCUCGGGCAUCCCUCUGAACACCAUCGUCGGCUACAUGACUGAGUCUGCCGAUGAAGAGGUGCAGGAGGUGGAUGAGCAGCCUGCCGAAAGCAAGCCUGCUGCAAAGGCCGACUCACAGACACAGGCCGAGGCCCAGACCGAGGCGCCCUCGGCUGCAGCGCAGGGCUCGGCAGCGCAGGGCUCGGCAGCGCAGGGCUCGGCAGCGCAAGCUACGCCUGGCGGCCAGCCAACCACACGCCCCCUCAGUCCCGCCGUGCGUGCGCUGGUGGACAAGCAUGGUUUGGACGUGAGUCAGAUCCCGGCAACUGGUCCCAAGAACUACCUCUUGAAGGGCGAUGUGCUGGCCUUUAUGGCCGGCGAAAUGCCCGCUGCCAAACCUUCGACCUCGGCUAAAUCCGAGCCAACCUCAGCCAAUGCCCGCAAGCGCAAGGGUCGGGGUCAUCGCGACAUUCCCGCCUCAAACAUGCGCAAGACCAUUAGCAAGCGUUUGACGGAAAGCAAGGGCACCAAGCCUCACACGUACACCAAGGGCGAGGCUGACAUCACCGAGCUUUUGCAAAUGCGCAAGCGCUUCAAAGAACAAGGCAUCAAUUUUUCAGUCAACGACAUGGUCAUCAAGGCGGCGGCAUUGGCUCUGCGUCAAGUACCAGCCGUGAAUGCCAGUCUGGGUUCUGAUGGUGAAGUUCAGCUGAACAACACCGUGGACAUCUCCGUGGCCGUGGCUAUCGAUGCAGGUCUGAUUACUCCAAUCAUCUUCAAUGCGGACGCCCUCAAUGUGCCCGCCAUCUCUUCGGCCAUGGGUGCGCUGGCCGCCAAAGCGCGAUCUGGCAAGCUGCAACCGCACGAGUACCAGGGCGGGACCUUUAGCAUCUCAAAUCUCGGCAUGUUCGGAAUUACCCACUUUACUGCUGUCAUCAAUGACCCGCAGUCCAGCAUCCUGGCUGUCGGUUCAGCCCAAAAGCGCCCAACGCCGGACGCUGGGCCGCGUGAUAUUUUGACUUUUCAGCUGAGCUGUGAUGAGCGCGUAAUCAGCCAAGAUCAAGCAGCCGAGUACCUCAAGGUCCUGGCUUCAUAUCUGCAAAACCCGGCCGUUGUCAUGGCACAGCAGAUCAACAAGGACUUUGAGUAG